UAAGACCGACCGUUAUUAGAUUAGCAAUAUUUUAGGCAGAGGCAGCAAAUGGCGGUUUCGGUAUUCGAAUCGGGUCAUCUGAUCAUCGGGUUCGGGUGUUCCGGUUCCCGCCAAUGGAGUUUCUUUCAGUUAAUGGGGGCAUUCCAAGCCUUACUGGAUAAGAUCCACCAUAUAAAGGAAAUUGCUUAAAUUAGUAGGCUUUUAGCGCUUUUUUUAAACGUCAAAUUGCAUUGUAGUAUAUAUUAUCGUGAACGCCAUUAUCGCUGGUUUUCAGUUGAAAAUUGUCUAUAUUAUUAGCAUGCGUUGGGUCCGGAUCUCAAAUCCCCUCUCUACCAUCUCCUUCUUAGAUUCUUCAUGGUGAUCAUUCUCCUCUUGGCUCGAUAUCGAGAGCCUUGAGCUUUGUUCCCAUGUUUUUAUUUUCCCUCUCGGCUCUCGAUCUUUCGAAGCCUUGUAUUUCAUUGUUCUUAAUUUCAUUACCUGAUUUCGGGAUUACAUUUUUUUUGUUCUACCACAAGAAACCGACCAUGGAGAACUUAACAAAAAGGGAAGUUUCCCGCCAGUUCUCAAAUAGGGCGUUAAAACGGGGUUUCAGCCGCCAAUUCUCGCGGCAGUCGUCUAUGGACCCACGGAAGAACAACCAAUGGUUCAACUUCGGCCGUCAGUCGUCCGUGGACCCCGUUCAGAGGAGUUCCGUCCAGGAAGAGCUGACGGUGCCGGAGAAUUUGGACUCCACCAUGCGGCUGCUGUUCAUGGCCUGUAGAGGGGAUACCAAAGGAGUGGAGGAUCUAUUAAAUGAAGGCAUGGAUGUUAAUGGUAUUGAUUUGGAUGGCCGUACUGCUUUGCAUGUCGCUGCUUGUGAAGGUCAUGUUGAGGUUGUUAAGUUGCUUCUUAGUAGGAAUGCUAACAUUGAUGCCCGUGAUCGUUGGGGUAGCACGGCAGCAGCCGACGCCAAGUACUACGGAAAUCUAGAUGUGUACAAUAUCUUGAAGGCCCGCGGAGCCAGUGUUCCUAAAACCAGGAAGACGCCAAUGACAGUUUCUGACCCUGAAGAAGUUCCAGAGUAUGAGCUUAAUCCAGCCGAGCUCCAAGUUCGGAGGUCCGAUGGUAUAACAAAGGGAUCAUAUCAAGUGGCAAAAUGGAAUGGCACGAAGGUCUCUGUAAAGAUACUAGAUAAGGACAGCUAUUCAGACCCUGAGACUAUAGCUGCUUUCAAGCAUGAGCUAACUAUAUUAGAGAAAGUCCGACAUCCUAAUGUGGUUCAAUUUGUUGGAGCUGUUACACAAAAUAUUCCCAUGAUGAUUGUUUCCGAGUAUCAUUCUAAAGGUGACUUGGGAUGCUACCUUCACAAGAAAGGGCGUUUAUCGCCACAUAAAGCUUUAAACUUUGCUCUUGACAUUGCGAGGGGAAUGAAUUACCUCCAUGAAUAUAAAUCAGAUCCAAUAAUUCACUGUGAUUUAAAGCCAAAAAAUGUUUUGAUGGAUAGUGGAGGUCAGUUGAAGGUAGCUGGAUUUGGCUUGUUAAGAUUGUCAAACAUAUCAUAUGACAAAGCAAAAUUAUCAAACCCAGGUGCUCAUGUUGAUCCAUCAAAUAUAUAUAUGGCACCUGAGGUUUAUAAAAACUUAAUAGUUGAUCGAAGUGUUGAUUCUUAUUCUUUUGGUGUCAUGCUAUAUGAGAUGAUUGGAGGAGUAACACCUUUUCAUCACAUGCCCGCUGAAGAGGCUGUGAAAUUGAUGUGUUUAGAAGGAAAAAGACCACCAUUCAAGGCCAAGUCAAAAAGUUAUCCUCCGGACUUAAGAGAGCUGAUUGAAGAAUGCUGGGAUCCAAAUCCUGUUGUCAGACCAAUUUUUUCGGAGAUCAUUGUACGAUUAGACAAAGUAUUUGCUAACUGCUCAAAACAUGGGAAGUGGAAAGAUACCUUCAAGCUUCCUUGGAAAUAAGGUAAAGCUUGGUUCCUUCGAAGCAGAGAAAAAUGGAGAAUUACGAAAGAGGUUCCGAUCUUUUUUGAAGCUUCAUCUUAAAGAUUGUAUCUUAUAUAAAUUGUUCCUCCCUUCUCUUAAGGAGCUGGAAAAGUUCCUUACUAUGUAUAAUGUGUGAAAGAAGCUUACAUUAUGGACGCUAAUGGAAAAAUUACUAAUCAGCAUUAUUAAUCUACUUUUCCUAUUGCAUUUGGAUCCA